AUUUAUAUAUAACGCCACCACCUCUUCCUCUUCCUCAUCCUUGUCAACUUCUUCGAUCUCCUCACUCUUAAUUUUCUUCUUCUUCUUCCUCUCUCUCUCUCUGCUUCCUUCCUGCAAAUGUCUCAAAUCCUCAUAAAGUCUCCCAAACACUGUGGCAAGCAAGGACUGAACAUUGACAAACUCUACAAGAAGCUUUUCUUUCUCUUCUCUACCUUAUUCACUACCAUUCUAUCUCUUAUAUUACUCAUCUGGCUCAUCUUACGGCCCACAAAGCCUGACUUCUCCCUGAAAGAAGCUGAAAUCUACCAACUCAACCUAUCAGGCCCUCACCUUCUCAACUCCUCCAUUCAACUCACCAUCCUUUCCAAGAACCCAAAUCAGAAAGUUGGAAUUUACUACGAUGAGCUGCAAGUUUACGCCGCUUAUAAGGGGCAACAGAUAACAACCUUUACCUCCCUUCCUCACUUCUACCAAGGACAUGAAGACAGUAAUCUCUUGACAGCUUCUUUGGUCGGAGUAGGAUUGCCUGUGGCUCCAUCUUUUGGUUAUGAAGUUGGACGUGAUCAAACGGCCGGUAAACUAGUUGUGAACCUGAAGGUGAACGGGCAGCUCCGAUGGAAAGUCGGGACUUGGGUUUCCGGCCGGUACCGGUUAAAUGUUAAUUGUGUUGCAGUCACGGCUUUUGGACCAACCAUCCCAACAGGUCCACUGACUACAAAGCAAGGGGCUCAAUGUUCUACUUCUAUUUGAAUUUACUAAUUAACAUGAUUAGCCUCUAGUGAGUCGUUUAUAUAUAUAUAUAUAUUAUAUAUCUAUCUUUGGUUUUCAAUGGGCUUGCUGUUAACGUAUUGCUGCUUGUAAGUGUUGUAUAUUGAUUAUGAUUGAUAGGUUGAAAGCUGUGAAUUAUAAGGAAGAUUAAAAGAAUGAAAAGCUUGUUAUCUUAUCUUCUUUUUCUAUCAUUCUGGCUUUGGUUUUGCGGGAAAGCAACGAGGAAUUCCAAAGUGGAAAGGAAAAGGGCUUGCUUGUGAUGGAGAAAAAGAAGGUUUUUUUUUUUGUAGGUUAAUUUUCAGUGGGGAUUUUGAGAGUGGAAGGAUAUGAGGGGUGUCGGGGGAGAUUCCGAGGAGAAAAAGAGGAAACAAGAGGGUGGAAAUUGGUUGCUUCAUUGGCUAAGGAAUCUCUAUUUACAUGUCAAUCCCUCACCUUUAAGCAAUUAAGACUUUAAUGGAAUUAUUCCCCCCC